CGAAAGCAUCUCGAGCACGCCGACGCUCUCUCCCAAACCCAGGGAGCCUACGCCUUUGGAUCCUCCGGCGAUGUGGUCAGGCGAAAGCGUCGAGCCUCCUGAAGAGCCGUACAUGUUCCCGCAGCCGUUUCAUACAAUCUCCACGGCUGCGGCCACUGAGAAAGCGGCCUCGACUGUCAAUAGCACCCAAUCACCUCUUUCCCAUGUUCUCCAGUCUAACAGCAGUACGACGCCACGGCCUGAAUCGACGCCGUUGGUUGAUUCCGGAGACUUGUCCUGGCAUUGCAGGAGCUGCUUGAAGAACCCGUGUGAGGAUCCCACUGCGACGAUGUGUGGCCAUAUAUUCUGUCAUGGUUGUAUUAUCAAGGAGCUUGCGACGCACAUGCAUUGCCCGGCUUGCAAGAAGGUGAUGUUACUGAGGCUGGACGUGAACUCGUAAUUAGCAGACCCCGAGUAUCGAUGAGGCAUCUAGUCAAUUGAGGAUGUACUUAUAAUCGACAGUUCUUGAUUUCAGCGUGGCUC